UCUAGAUUCGUGAUGCUUCACAGAGCUGCUUGCAUCAACCAGCGAAAAGCCAUAUUCAAACAAUACCCAUAAUACUCCGCCAAGGCCGAAAGCUAUACUCAAACCUUCGAAAUACUCACAACGUAAUAGCAAUCCAAGAAGCAAUUGCAAUCAAGGCCCCAUCAUGAAGAUCAAAGCCCUUAGCCGGAGCAUUUCAGCGCAACAAGUGCCAGGCUCAGAAGCCAAGCGCGCGCCACGAAACCUUGCCCCGGAAAUUCACCCCUUCGAGCGAGCUCGGGAAUACCAAAGAGCCCUCAAUGCCGUCAAACUAGAACGCAUGUUUGCGAAGCCGUUUCUUGCGCAGUUAGGGAAUGGCCAUGUGCAGGGCGUGUAUAGCAUGUGCAAAGACAAGAACUCACUGAGCUCAAUAGCAUCAGGGUCUGGCGACGGUGUGGUGAAGGUCUGGGAUCUUACCACUCGAGAUGAGGCUUGGCGGACGGCCGCGCAUUCCAACAUCGUCAAGGGCUUAACCUUCACCAACGACAAGAAGCUGCUAUCGUGCGGCACGGACGGCAUCAAGCUAUGGGACCCCUAUACCACGCCCAACGAUACCACGCCGCUUGCGACAUGGCAGGAGGGCGGGCCGUAUACUGCGCUCUCGUAUCACAGGACGGGCAACGUGUUUGCUGCCUCUUCCGGCGCAGGGUGUAUUCGAGUCUGGGAUUUAGAGCACAGCACAGCUGCCCAGACAAUACAGUGGCCAAGCUUCACAGACACCAUCACGGACGUUUGCUUCAACCAGGUUGAGACGUCCGUCAUUGGCUCCGUAGCCACUGACCGCUCCGUUAUCUUAUUCGACUUACGGACGAACAUGCCCGUCAUCAAAACGGUGCUACACUUUGCGGCCAACCGCAUUGUGUUCAACCCGAUGGAAGCCAUGAACAUGGCUGUAGCGUCAGAAGACCACAAUAUCUACAUCUUCGAUGCGAGGAAUUUCGACAAGGCCCAGAAUAUCCAAAAAGGCCAUGUGGCAGCUGUAAUGGACGUCGAGUUCUCACCCACCGGCGAGGAACUCGUGAGCGGUUCCUAUGACCGCACCAUAAGGAUCUGGCGUCGCGACCAAGGCCAUUCUCGAGAUAUCUACCACACGAAGAGGAUGCAGAGGGUAUUCCGAACCCUCUGGACCAUGGACUCAAAGUAUAUCCUCACCGGAAGUGACGAUGGCAAUGUCCGCUUGUGGCGGGGCAAUGCCUCGGAACGAAGCGGAGUGAAGUCGACGAAGCAGAGGCAAUCGCUCGAGUACAACCAGGCAUUGAUGGAGAGGUACAGUCAUCUGCCUGAGAUUCGCCGCAUCCGCCGCCACAGGCAUCUUCCUAAGGUGGUCAAGAAGGCUGGCGAGAUUAAGCGGGAGGAGCUGGCGGCCAUCAAGCGGAGAGAAGAGAACGAGCGGAAGCACUCGGACAAGAAGUUUCAGAAGCGGAAGAGCGAGAGAGAAAAGGCGAUCCUGGUCAAGCAGCAAUAGGUGGGCGGGAGCGUUUGUGGUUUGUGUGGGUGUUCUUUUGCAUUGCGCGGCGUUCAAGGAGUUGCAACGGUGUCGGGAGAGAUACGUCUCGUGUGGAGGUUUAGAUCGAUACCAUCCAUGUCCGGCGUUGUACAAAUAUGUGGCAAGAUUGAGGGAGAUGUAUCAAGAUCAUUUUGACGCUUCAUGGUUUCUGCGCGAGGGUCACCAGUGUGUGAGAGCCGGAAGCGGAGAGAUAAUGGGCGCCAAUUCUUACAUGCUGGCUUGGAAAUGGCGGUUUCACCGUGCCUAACUUUUGCGGGACGUGUUCGGUCGAGAUUGGAGAGAGGACAGAUCAUGAUCGACGAGUCCUUGCGUCG